AUGAACACCGGCCUUCCAAUAAUAACCACCACCCCAUCCCGGCACCCAACCUCCUGCGCCUCCCUCUCCCUUCCCCUCCUCUCUCUUCUCAAUCGCGUCCUGCCACCACCUCCAACCCUCUCUUUAUCCAUCGGCUCAGGCCCCGGCCUGCUCGAAGCCCUCUUCCUGCACCACUACCCUCAGCGCGCUUCAUUCUUCUACGGCGUGGAAGUAGCCCCUCCACUUUCCCAAUUAAAGGAAGGAAAGGAAGUGAAUACUUGGUUACCAGAGCAGAACACUGUCACAGUGCCAGGGACGUGGGCGCUGGUAGGCGGGGAAAUCCUAAAGGAGACGGGCGGGCUGGUUUUUGUUUAUCCGCGGAGUGGGGGGUUGAUGGGGAGGUAUUUGGAAGAGUGCAACGCGGAAAAGCUAGAAGUGGUAGUUUGGAUUGGACCGCGGUGUGAUGUUGAGGAGUAUGAGAAGGUGUUGGAGGGAUGGGGGGUUAGGGAGGACUUGGGAGAUGAGGGAGAGGACGGGAAGCUGGUCGAGGAGGGGGAGGUUGUGUUGGUUUAUAGGAGGAGGAGCACCGAGUGA